UCUGGGAGAGGGGUCAGAAACGUUGGCCCGUCUUUAUCCUAGCCAUUAACAAACGUCUGGAGUCGGGCGUGGUGGCGCACGUCCAGCACUCGGGAGGCUGAAGCAGGAGGGUCGCUGCGAGUUCAAGGGACUGUAUCAAAAACUCCAAAAAGCCGAAAACAAAAAGGGCCAAGAGAUUCCUUGAGAAGAGAGAACCGAAACUUAGUGAAAAUAAUAAAAAUGCUAUGCUGAUCAAAGGGGGAAAUGCAAAUGCAACAGUGACACAAGUACUGAAAGACGUGUAUGCACUGAAAAAACCAUAUGGAGUUCUGUAUAAAAAGAAAAAUAUUACAAGACCAUUUGAGGAUCAGACAUCACUGGAGUUCUUUUCAAAGAAGUCAGAUUGUUCUUUAUUCAUGUUUGGAUCCCAUAAUAAGAAGCGCCCCAAUAACCUAGUAAUAGGUCGUAUGUAUGACUACCAUGUGCUGGAUAUGAUUGAAUUAGGUAUUGAGAAAUUUGUGUCUCUAAAAGAUAUUAAGAAUAGUAAAUGUCCUGAGGGAACAAAACCCAUGAUAAUAUUUGCUGGUGAUGAUUUUGACACUACAGAAGACUACAAAAGACUAAAAAGUCUUCUUAUUGAUUUCUUCAGAGGCCCCACAGUAGCAAAUAUCCGCCUGGCUGGGUUAGAGUAUGUUCUGCACUUCACCGCUCUGAAGGGGAAGGUUUACUUUCGAAGCUAUAAGUUGCUGUUGAAGAAAUCUGGUUGCAGAACACCACGGAUUGAGUUAGAAGAGAUGGGACCUUCAUUGGAUAUGGUUCUGAGGAGAACACAUCUGGCCUCAGAUGACCUUUAUAAGUUAUCUAUGAAAAUGCCAAAAGCUCUCAAGCCAAAGAAGAAGAAAAAUAUGUCUCAUGAUACUUUUGGUACAACUUAUGGAAGGAUUCAUAUGCAGAAACAAGACCUAAGCAAACUACAAACAAGGAAAAUGAAGGGAUUGAAGAAGCGACCUGCAGAGAGGAUAACAGACGACCAGGAGAAAAAGUCAAAGAGAAUUAAAAAAAAUUAAUGGAACUUAGCCAACAACUAGAGUUUUAUUGUAAUCUAUUUACUUUGGGAAUCAUCAAGCUUCAAUACAAUUCAAUUUCUGUUUUUGUUUUUGUUUUUGUUUUUUCCGGUACCAGGGAUUGAACUCAGGACCUUGUGCUUGCCAGACAGGAGCUACAUCCCUGGCCCUAAUACAAUUCAGUUUCUUAAAAGUUUUCAUUGUAUAUUUUUAUAACACAAUAACUUUACUAUUAUUGUGAGCAGUAAUGUACCAGUUUUUAAAGAAGCUAAUUACUUGCUCUGUCA